AGGCAGGGUGAUCGGUGAUAUUCCCUUUGUCAGUUCGGCUACAUUUUGGAAAAUUUACUGACUCCUUUAGUCAUCUGUACGCUCCACAUUUUAUAAUUGUGACAAAUUAUUUUUAUCCUUUCAAAGAAAGAAGAACUGCUCUAAUGUACACCUUGCUAAAGUAUGGAUGAAGAUAAAAAUAGAACUCCAAAUGCUGUUUCCCGUCAUUUGCCUGUUGCUGAUGCUGAAUUUAGACCAGGAGAUUCAAAUUGUAACAAGAAACGAGCGUAUUUUACAAAAAGAAAUCACGUUCUCUUAAAUCAUAAAGCAGGAGUGAAAACAAAUAUUCCGAAUUGCAGCGCAGGUAGCAAACUUAUCAGAAGGCAAAGUAAAUCCGAAUGUAGAAGUGCAAAUGAUAACCAUUUACCAAGACGAUAUCCUCAAAAUUCACAGUAUUCUGUCCAUUUGAAAGGUCUGUUAAAUGAUGACAAUACUUUCUCAAGUAAGAAUGUGAAAGUUCCUGACAAUGAAUAUAGUUUUAAGAGCAAUGAACACAAUGGGGCAAUACCGAAGCAAACAGUUACAUGCAUGUCUCUUAGCAGUCUACAGAACUUAAUAGAAAAAAGUGCUGAUGACAUCUUACAUGCUAUCCUUAAUAAAGAAAGCGGAUUCAUUCAGGUACUUGAAGAAAGUUUUAAUAAAGACUGCAUUGCUUGCGUUUUGUUAGCUUUGGGAAAAGCUGUUUCUUCUGACAAAAACAAAGAUGUCUCUGUUAUGUUGAAUAUGAUAUCAGGUAGUAAUAGUUUGUUCUUAGUCAACGUACAACAGUACCUGGUGACUUUUCAAACUUAUGCACCUGACGGUUUUCAUUUGAAUGCAGUGGUUGGUUUCAUAAAAUUCUUAUUGAAGUUUCAGAUUUGCCUGCCCUCUAAUGCCUGCGAUGUUUCAAUUAUGUUGUUGCCACUUUUAAAAGAAACAUGUGAAAAUCAUUUACGGCAGAAUAAAGAAAUGUAUUCUGUAUGUGUAGAAAUGCUUCAAGAACUAGAAGAAAUAAAUUCGUCUAUUCUCAAUAAAUAUACUUUAAAUCAGAUUAAAGAAACAUCUCGCAACGAAAGGUUGCAAUUGUUGGAUCCCCCAGAAGAUUAUCGUUCGAUCCCCGUUUUGCCAGAUGAAGUCGACAUGCAAAUGCCUUAUGUAUUUCUACGUCCCAGUGUAAUCAAGGGCCACUAUCAAAAUACCGAACAUUAUCUUGAUGUCCAAUACCGGUUGUUGAGAGAGGAUUAUGUUAGGCCUCUGAGGGAAGGUAUAGCAGAGUAUUUGACAUUGAAAGAUCGGAACAAAUCUUUAAAACAAAUAAAAGAUAUUAAAGUCUAUCCCAAUGUUCAAAUAAUAAAACAAGAAUUUGUGAAUGGCGAAUUGCUUCAUAUGAUUUAUAUCGACGACCAAAAAUUCGCCAAAAUAAAGUGGGAAUUCAGCAAACGUCUAUUAUCCAAAUCUUUGCUUUGUUUGUCAUCUGAUAAUUUUCAAACUAUGCUUUUUGCCACAGUUGCUAAAAGAGACCCGGAAGAAUUGGUUAAAGGAUUGUUAUUUUUGCGUUUUGAAGAUCUCACAGACGAAGUCCUUAAUCUGGAUCCAUCAACAAAUUUCGUUGUGAUUGAAACUAGUGCCUUUUUUGAAGCUUACAGGUAUAAUCUAGAUGCAUUACUUGAACUGAAAGAUGACACCUUGCCCAUGAAGCGUUAUAUAGUGGACACACAGAAGACUGUACUUAAACCACAAUAUUUAGAUGAUAAUGUAACUUACGACAUGAGAUCUGUAUGUUUACCAUUAAGCGAAAGUUGCUUGAAAAUACCAUUAAGAGAAAGACGCAACAUUGUGGAAGAGGCUUAUUAUGGAUAUGGUGGUCACAGUGAAGAUGAUUAUAAAAGUUCUAGUAGUGAUGAAGAUGAUUAUUAUAAAAGAUACAUUAGUGAUGAAAGUGAUGAUUAUAGUGAAGAGGAUGUAGUAGAAGACAGUUAUGACGACCUAUAUCCACAAGGUAUUUCGGAACAUCUUAAAAAUGUAACUGUUCUUAGUAGCAGUUUCUGGCCAACUUGUGAAGAUUUAAACUUGGAUCCUUCUCAGUAUGCCGCUUUAAAAGCUGCUCUUACUAAAGAAUUUACAAUUAUUCAAGGUCCACCAGGAACCGGUAAAACAUAUGUGGGUCUCAGAAUAGCACAGUUGUUAUUACAUAAUGUUGAUAAAUGGCAGUGUAGAAGAAAUCCUUCUCCAAUAUUGGUGGUAUGUUACACUAAUCAUGCUCUGGACCAGUUUCUGGAAGGGAUACUAAAUUUCACUAAGGAGAUUGUUAGAGUUGGAGGAAGAGGGACAAAUGAAGCUAUUUCUCGUUUCCAGAUAAAUAAUCUUAAAAGAAAUAUGAGACAAGAUCUAGAAUUUUUAUUUGAUAGAUCAAGAGGUAUAAUGAGUGAAUUAGACUUGUUGAAGGAAUCUGUGGAUGAAAUCAAAGAAUCUAUUGAGAAUUCGUUUAUAUCAAUUUUGAGUGAAGAAGUCUUAAAAAACUGCAUGACUUCUGCUCAUUAUCAUUCCUUAAAAAGUAAAAUGCGAUCGUCAGGCAAUAUCCUUAUUUACCAGUGGUUAUUGGGAAUUCAAGUUCAAGAAAGUAGGACCAUGCGUUAUGCUGCUUUUAGAUGGAAUUCGUUGAAUACACAUUCAUUUCUGCCCGAUGAGGAACAGAAUUCUGCUGAAACUAAUGCAGAUUCUGAAGGGGAAGCUGAUAUAGAGCACAUUGAAGCUCAAAGAGAUAUAAACCCUGAUGAAUUCGCUGGAGCCUCGUAUGAUAUUCCUCUAUACAAGGAUAAGAUGGAAUCGAUUAUAAUGCUAGAAGAUGGCUGGCAAUUCGUUGGAGGUAAACAAGGAUUAAAAGACUAUAUCCAUGCUUGUUUAACGUGUACCACCGCUAUGUCUGUAAAGAUGGCAAAACAAAUUAAAGAUGUCUGGACACUUACUUGCGAGCUAAAAUGGAGCCUGUACAAGUUUUGGCUUGAAGGCUAUAUACGUAAAAAGAAAGAACGAAUCACGGAAUUGCACCAAGAGAUAAGAGAAAAAUAUAGCGAACUUCAAGAAGUGCGAACUCAAGAAGAUAUACAUGUUUGCAAACAAGCACUUGUUGUUGGAAUGACCACUACUGGAGCUGCCAAAUACAGACGUAUAGUUCAGCAUCUUAAUCCAAGAAUCGUGAUUGUAGAGGAAGCUGCGGAAAUAUUAGAAAGUCACAUUGUUACUUCUCUUGCACCUGAUACUCAACAUCUCAUUUUGAUUGGAGACCAUCAGCAAUUGAGACCGAGUCCAACGGUUCACUUAUUAGCCACAAAAUAUGGAAUGAAUAUUUCUUUAUUUGAAAGAAUGGUAGAGAAUGGAUUGGAUUGUCACAGAUUGGAAAUUCAGCAUAGAAUGAGACCCGAGAUAGCAUCUUUACUUGUUCCUCAUAUAUACGCCAAACUACAGAAUCAUGAAAGUGUCAAGACAUUCGAAAAUAUAAAGGGCGUUUCUAAGAAUGUAUUUUUUGUAAAUCAUUCAUAUCACGAAAGGCAAGAAAAUGAUUCUAAAAGCAAAGUUAAUGUCCAUGAGGCAAAUUUUAUGUUAAAAUUUUGUAAAUAUCUUAUUAAUCAAGGUUAUAAACCUUCCCAAAUUACUGUUUUAACAACAUACUCCGGACAACUUUUUGAAUUUAAAAGAAGCCCUCUAAAGAGCGCUCUCCAAGGAAUAAAAUUCACUGUAGUUGAUAAUUACCAAGGAGAAGAAAAUGAUAUAAUCUUGAUUUCCUUUGUAAGAAGUAACGAAGAAGGGCAAAUUGGGUUUCUUAAAAUAUCUAAUCGUGUAUGUGUAGCUCUGUCUAGGGCAAAAAAAGGGCUUUAUUGCAUUGGAAAUUUCGAUUUGUUGGCCGAGAAAAGCAAUCUCUGGAAAAAUAUUAUUGAAACGUUAAAGGACAAUAACGCAAUAGGACCAUCACUUCUUCUGUUUUGCCAGAAUCAUCCAACCAUCAGCAAAGCUGUAACUGAUGUAACAGAUUUCGAUUUCGUACCUGAAGGUGGCUGUACUCAGCAAUGUGAAUUUCGUCUUUCAUGUGGCCAUUUGUGUUCUUUGAAAUGUCAUCCAUAUGAUCCUCGGCACGAAGAUAUUCAGUGUCCAAAACCUUGUACCGAGAAGUGUAUUGAAGGUCAUUUAUGUGCAAUGAAAUGUUAUGAAGAUUGCCCACCUUGUCCCGUUAUUGUGUCUGAUACGAUUCCAAUAUGUGGGCAUACUAUUCAAGUGGCUUGUCACCUUAAAGGAGAAACUCCUUGCACGGAUCCUUGUGAGAAAUUAUUGCCUUGUGGUCAUAAAUGCCAUAGAAAAUGUGGCGAAUCAUGUACCUUAAAAUGUUUUGUCAAAAUUCCGAUUCAGUCUUCUGUAUGUGGCCAUGAAGUAAAUAUAGAAUGCUCUAGAUCAAAAGAUACUGAAGUUAUAAUGGUAAGGUGCAAAGAACCUUGCAAUGCAGAAUUGCCUUGUGGUCAUAAAUGCUCUGGUACUUGUGGCUUCUGUUAUCAGGGUCGAUUGCACGCGAAUUGCCUAGAACCUUGCAAUCGUAGGUUGGUUUGUGGGCAUGAAUGUAAAUUACUUUGCUACAGAAAUUGUAUACCGUGUGAGCAACCUUGUGAGAAUUAUUGCAUGCAUAAAAAAUGUACUAAAAAGUGUGGUGAACCGUGUGAAAAAUGUACGGAACCAUGUGAAUGGGCCUGUCCUCAUAAAAAAUGCACCCGCCUUUGUGGUGAACUUUGUGAUCGUUCUGUGUGCAACGAACCUUGUCCGAAAGUAUUGAAGUGUGAGCAUCCGUGUAUUGGUGUUUGUGGCGAGCUUUGUCCUGCAGAAUGUCGUAUAUGUGAUAGUGAAAAACUGGCUGAAGUGUGUUCUGCUGGCGAAAUUGAAACUGAUGUCAAGUUUGUGUGUUUGGAAGACUGUCGGCAUAUUUUUGAAUUAAAUUGGUUUAAUAUGUGGAUCAGUCAAGAAAAUGGAAGUAAAAAUGAGAUUCGAUUUAAAAGUUGUCCUAAAUGCAAUACUGUUAUUCGGAAACCCUUAUAUCUUGAAAAAAAUGUCAAUUCUUGGUUUAAUAAUAUCGAACAGAUUAAGAAAUCUGUUUCUAGAAAUAAAGAUUAUACUAAUCUUUUGAAAGGUAUUCUACGACAACGUAUUGAAAAGAAACGAUUUUCUUUCUGUAAAAAUUCGUAUUCAUCGGAUGCAUUCUAUGCAUGCUGGAUGAAAUUGGAGGAAUCCAUAAAAUCUGAAAAAGGGUUGGAUAUUCAAAAUCUGAAUUCUAUGGAAAACAUGAUUAACAUAAUGGAAAUUUCAGGUAGUUUGAGAAUAUAUAAAAAUCCAAGAGAUCAUCUGAAAUUAACCGAGAAAUUAAAAGAAUACAUAAAUAUGAAUGUGAAAUGGCUGGAGACCUUCAUCAUCAAAAGGCAUUUAGGAGCUUCCGAACAGCAGUUAAAAGAUCUAUUAUGGGAAGUUCAUCGUCUGAAAUUAAUAAAUAAACUCGAUGAAUUGAUGUUGGAAAUUAAAUCAAAAGACAUAUAUAUGAAUAAAUUAAUGGAUCUUGUACUAACUAAUUCCCCAUUUCGUGAAGCAGAGUUAGCUAAAUUUAUUUCCGUACUACACAACUUGUUUGAAUAUUACCCCAGCAAAUUGAUAAGCAUUUCAGAACUUGAAAAACAACCAGUUUUAGCGAUUAUGAGUUUCUCGGUUGGGCACUGGUUUUUGUGUGAAAAAGAACAUGCUUAUUCUGUGGUUAAAUGCAGAGAUCUAUUUGCAGAAAGUAAUUGCCAUGAAUGUGACAAGAAGAUUGUUUAUGUAAAGCCUUUACUUCCUAAACAUUACCAACCUCAAUACCGGCCAGCACAGCACAGAGGGCGUAGGCGUGGGCGUGGGCGUGGAUCAAGAGCCAGAAGGCCUUACAGAUUUUAACUUGUACCUAUCCUUAUUGUCAGCAACUAACUUUAUAUUUUAAAAGAAGCUUUGUAGAUUUUCUUUGCGUUUUCAAGUUAUUAUAACUUAGCCUGUGAUCUUUUGAAUCUCAUAUAAUUGGAGUGUGAAACAUGUAAAUUUUAUCACGUAAAUAAACUUUUAAAAUUA